AUGGCUUCGUGUGAGUAUGGGCAGAUUGCAGGAGGAACAUGUGGUUCUAGUGUGGACAAUCCGGAAAAUGUGAAGAGCGUGAUCCUCGCCAAGUGUACAAAAGCCGUACAAGGGCAUCUACGUUCUUGCAACAUUCGAGACGCUAGUUUAGACUCUGAACCAAAGCUGUUGUUGGCACGUGCAGGUACGUAAGGUAGAUGUCUGUAUUAAACAGGCCAUCGUUAAAAAAAAAAAAAAAGAAAAAAUAGACGCAUAAUUUAAAGAAAGGAAAAUAAACGCCUCCCAAUCUUUUUACAUCAAGAAGAAUCGGUAUGAGACUAAAACUAAAUGUAAUUUAGCUGCAUCGUGAUCUGCCUUCAGACUGUUUUUAUAUUUUGAAAGGUGUCCGCAAAUUUAUCGAAACAUCACUAGUUUUCCUACGUCUGCAGCCUGUAGAUUUUAAUUAUUGUCCAUAAUUUACACACUAAAUAAAACUGGACGAUGUUCAAGGUUUAGUUACAAGGGUAACGCGGAAAAUGACUUGAAAGGAAGGCUUAAUGAAGCGUGACGCUCAGCACCUGCUUUGAUUGUUUAAUGUCGUGUACUUCUCAUUUUACUGCAUUUCAUAUACAAUUUUUACCCCGUUAAUUAAGGGCCAUGAUUGCAACUUACAACGCUAAAAUAUUUUUAGACAUAUUCCUAAAACACAUAGCGUGUUAUUCAAGAAUGAAUUUUACUGACAAAGAUAUGAGUGAUAAUUAACCCGUGCAGUAGCCGACUUAAUCAAAUUAAGAUCAAUAUCAGAACAUCUGAGCUGAGCCAAAACGCAAAAGUAAAAGCCUCCGUGUUUCUCAGUGAACACGCAAAAUUUAAACUUAUUCCUGAUCAUUAAUACUUCAGUGCGUUGAGAAGUUUAUUUAAAAAAAAUUAUUAAUAUUGCCUACAUUUAUAAACCAUCUCAGAUUUAUCGCGAGCAUUACAGCCUUGUUUGUUUCACAGGAACUUUAAAAAAGAGAGGAACAAAAACUGCUUUUGGGAUGACUGGACGUCCAAAGAAAAAUUAAAAAUAAAUCUUUUGAUUUAUCUUUUGGUGCAUAAAUUAACGAUAAACGUGGAAGAAGCGAAUAAAAUGUGAAUGACGCUGUGAUAUAUACGCUAAAAAUUGUUAAGGAAAAGGCACCUUACAACCUUUUUUUAUCUUUGAAGGGAUUUUUGAGUUAAACGAAAGUCACCUUGAACUAACAAUAUGCCCAAGACAUCGAGACAAAUUUGGCAUUAGAUGGCGUUCAAGUAAGAGGAUAUGCACUGCUCCCAGUGAAUGGUCAUCGCAUGGAACUUUAGUGUCAGGGGAGAGAGGAAUAUCGUCUCUACAUUCCAAGCUACUCUACCAGCAAACCCAAGUGUUGCUUCCUGUAGGCUCCCGUGAGUGUUAAACCUGUAGUGAUAUUUUACAACAUUGCCGGGUUUAGAGCGUAAAAAAAUGGCAGUUUCAAUUUCCUCCACUGCCAUUUUUUGUUUUUUUUAAAUUCAUAAUCGGAUAUACCCCCGCCCCCUAAAGUCUUUAAAUCAAGAAACGUGUUACCGAACAGUUUCAACACAUAGCUGCAAUAUUUCAAAAACUAAGAGCAUCAUGAGCAAAAACAGAAGCUAUAAGAGUUUGGCACAGAUUUUCUGAGUAAUGUUCUGCAAUCCAUUAUUUUUUCCAGAAAUCUGCAAGCAAUGCAGGAGAAAGUUGGAAGAAGCAUCACAGUUAUUAGUAUUUCCCAGCUCAGAAUCGACCACAGAAGCUUUAGGAUCUAACGUAGACAAACCGGAAGAGCGGAUAUCACAAAAUAUCGCACAGGUAGAUAGAGCUAUAUUGUAUAGCUAUGGCAUGAACAUAACAGAUUAUAACCUUGUCCGAGUGGCUUUUAAUAGUUUAGUGAGGUUCAGCAAAAGGCGAGUUUUCCUCCCCUUCCCUUUUGAUGACCCCAGCCUCCUUGCAUACUACUCCUUUAUAUCAUGUAUUGAUGCGAGAACACUUACAUAUCAUUGCAGUGGUGAUAUGUACGCCGUUAAAAAAAGUCAUUCGCUCUACAGCGGCGACAUCGAGUUUAUAUAUUUUUCUGCGCUAACUAGUUCAUUUUCCUUUCUAACGCGUACAGAGAGAAGAUGUGGAGAGUGAAGAAGUUGAAGACAACGUUAGCCAGUCAAUGCACCAGCUGACCUUAAGAGACGAAUACUCUCAUCCACAGCUUGACGAAUCAGGACACUACUCCGAGAUCGACACUAGCCUGUAUCAAACGGACUCUCAAGCGAGCAGCAGCAGCGAGAGUUCUAACGGCGAUGAUCCACAAAUUAGUAGUCAAGUAACAAGACGUUCUCUGUUGAACGAUUUCUUACGUUCAUGUAACGCUCAUACAGUCGGGUCAUACAAAAAGCGAUGGGAGGCAGCCAGCGAACGUACUAGAGCAAGCCAUGUGUCAAAGGCGAAGUCAGUUAUUGUUUCUGGCCUUAACGUUAUUGCUCCAGGAGACGAAGGCUACCUCUGGGAGGCCGUGAAAAAAUCUGGCUCAGUCGAGAAGGUACUUGGCAUCGGUGAACGACAAGAAGACCGAAAAUAUCUAAAGGCACUGGCGGAGUCUUACCAAAACGCAUCUACCUGGGAAACAAGGCGUCAGAUAUUAUCAAUCAUGGCAGACCUGAUAACGUUUAAGCGUAUCCUAAACUACAUUCCAGGGAUCACCAAAUACCGGUUCAAAAUGGCAAGACAGCACUCUCUUCAAUAUGGGCGGGGUGCCUUGCCAGCCCGAGCAAAAAGUCCUAGGAUGAGAGUAGAAAAUAAACAGUUGGAUCACUUUUUGACUUACAUAACUAGCCCGCACGUGAUCCAGGAUCUUCCUUUUGGGCAGCGAUAUCUCCGCCUAUCUUCUGGAAAGAUACUAGAAACCCCAAAUGUCAUUAGGGCGAUGAUCCCUAACAGGCUAGUAAAGCAGUACCAGGCUUAUUGCGAGGAGACGAAUUUCACUCCAUUCAGCCCAACAACGAUGUUAAGAGUCCUGUCUGCCUGCGGGGCGACCGUAAGGAAGUCCUUGCAAGGGCUCGACUACAUUGCUUCGGAUGGCGCGAAAGGGUUUGAAGCUUUGUGUGGAAUAGUGGACCAACUUAAAGAGAGAGGUCUGGACAGAGAGACUGCCAAAAAAUGGAAAGUGUCUCUGAGGGAAGGCAAGCAGUAUCUGAAGGCUGAUUAUAAGGUAUCAGAUACGGUUUAAAACAUGGUUAACUGAAAGUAAACCGGAAUAUAUAACGAACUGCCACGAGACUGGCAAAAUGGCAAAAUCUGUUAACUUUGUCGUGAGGGCUUAAUUAAAUCCGGUGGGUUCUUUUCCAAACUAAUUAUACAAUUGUUGGGCAAGAGAACACCGUUCUCUAUACUGGCGACCGUCUUCGCCUUGCUAGGUGUGUACUUUAUUCUGCCAAAGAUUCAUAUUUUCUAAUUGCUUUAACCAAACUUGGCAAAAAUAUUGCGCGUACAAUAGAUGAAAGCUCAGAAACUUCAAACGGUCACUAAAUUUACUACUUUGUCUUUUUUGAAGGUUCAUGUAUCCGAGUCCUCCUCGGUUGCAGACCAUUGCAGCGGAUACGCUCUCAGCGAUAGUAAGGACGAUGAACUAAGAUCCCAAUGCUCUCAUAAUCAUGACAUUCAGUGUCCACAGUGUGAAAGUCUCAGUAAUGUUCUUUUUUCAAUUAAAACAUUCUUGACUGAGUCAACGUUUGUACCUGAAGAACUAGAAGACGUCUUGUACACGCAUAGUCAUGCAGUCCAGGCAAUCCACUCCUGGAAAGCACAUCAACUCAGGUGUGUCAGGCAAGAUACAGCAAGGACGGCGUGCUUGAGCGCUUUAGAUGAGACCUCUGUACUCAUAACACAAGAUUGGGCUAUGAAGUUUUUACCGCUCAAAUAUAGAGAAAACCAAUCAGAUUGGUACGGGAAACGAGGAAUAUCGUGGCAUAUAAGUGUCAUCGCAAGAAAAAUGAGAGGGCUUUUAGAAAGUCAGUCCUUCGUCCACAUAGUUGAGAAUACAUCACAAGACAGCUCAGUUGUAGUGCGAAUUAUUGAGCACACCUUAAGGUCGCUGAAAGAGGAGAAUCCUAGAAUCAACAGAGCAUUUCUACGGCAAGAUAACGCGGGAUGUUAUCACAGUUCUGCUGUAAUAGCAUCAUGCACCCUAAUGAAGGCAAACACUGGGAUAGACGUUUGCAGAGUAGAUUUCAGUGACCCUCAAGGAGGCAAGGGGGCUUGUGACCGAAAAGCCGCGACUAUCAAGGCCCAUGUCCGCAGGUAUGUAAAUGAGGGCCACGACGUGCAAAAUGCUGAACAGCUUCAGACAGCUAUCCUGUCUAAUGGAGGUGUCACCGGGGUUCGCGUUACUGUUGUUAAUGCUGCCGUUUCCGCCUGUGAACUGCCUCAAGUAAAACUCGAUGGUAUCAGCACAUUAAACAACUUUGAGUACUGCAAAGACAAGUUGACAGUUUGGAGAGCUUUCAACGUCGGAAAUGGAAGGGAGAUCAGCCAAACGAAAGUUCAAGGUAAAAAAAAUAUACGGGCAUAGUGAUAUAUAAAUGUACUGUAUUGGAGUGUUGCAAAUACUCACUGACUUAGUCAGCUAAUAAUUACGGAUAACGGGCAAUAUUAACAGAGUAUAAGAGAGUCUAUACUAAUGGCUACUAUAGACAACUCAGUCAGUUGUGUACAUGAUAAAUUAACAAACCUUUAAAAGACGCGAAAAACGUUUCAUCUGAAAUUAAAAAAGACUUCCAUUUCAAUGUUCGCUUUUUUAGUUGCUGAUGUCUUACAAAGCUGCAAAUUUACUUGCCGAUUUUCCCCUGGUGACUUUGUAAAAGCAUCCAAGGAAGCCUCAAAGAAACCAAGACCCAAUGAAACGAUGGCAGUAGAAGAAACGAAAGACUCUUGUGUCUUGUUCUCCUGCCCAAAUGAAGGUUGCAUCAAGGUAUACGAGAGAUACUCGAGUCUCGAAAGGCAUAUGUCGUUUGGCAAAUGCGAGUUGAUUCCGGAGAAAGAGACUUUGUUGGACAGGGCUAAAUUAACGUACCACGCUAUCCUUCAGGACGAUAUUGGCAUUGCAAAAGUAUUUGAAGGAAGGGAAACGGAGAAGAAGCACGGUGUCAGUUUACCUGAGGGUUGGGCAUUGAAAACUGCAAAGAAGUCGUCACGGUUUAACGAAUCACAAAGAAAGUACCUGGAGGAAAAAUUUGAGCUUGGACAGCAAACAGGCCACAAACAAAACCCUGAGAAAGUGGCGAGAGAUAUGCGUUUUGCGAAAAAAACAGAUGGUUCGAGGCUGUUUUCGAGUGAUGAGUUUCUUACCUCGCAGCAGAUACAGUCUUUCUUUUCAAGAUUAUCGUGCAAGUUGCGUCACGCUGUAGAGGUUAGCGACUCAGAUUUACAAGCUUCUCAGGAUGAACAAGAGUUUUGCGACACCCGCCAGGCUGUGUUAGAGGAAGUACAGCUAGAACAUCCCAUCGCUUAUGACAACCUAAACCUUUGCGAAUUGACCAAGAAAGGUAACAUGAAAACACUCAGCAUUGCAAUGCUGAAGAACAUAUGCGAGUAUUUUGAUAUCUGCACGGAAGAAUUUAACCCAAGGCGCAAGGCAGAGUACCUUGCCGCGUUAGGGGAUCUAGUAAAAGGGUGCGGCUGUAACGCCUAA